GGAAGUUUCUGAUCAUUCGACUCUUUUUGGUUUUUCUUUUUGGCUCCGAGACCGAAGCGUGCUCCUUUUAGAAUUCAGAAGAUGUGGUUUACUCACCCGGAUUUUAUGAGAAUGGUUGAAGCUUCUUGGAAUGCUCCAGUCUAUGGUAACCCUGAUACUAUUUUUCCUUCCAAGUUGAAGCGUUUGAAAGAAGCAAUGAAAUUGUGGAAUCAAACGGUUUUUGGUAAUGCGAAUACUCGUUUUAAGCAAGCUCAACUUAAAUUUGAGGUGGCUAGUAGGAAUUCUGAUGAGGACCCUCAUGAUGUUGCGAAAUUGAAUAUUAUGAAAGAUGCCUUGGUGGCUGUUCAAGAUGUGAGAAUGCAGCAGCAUAUUAUGCUCAAACAAAAGUCACGUAAUAAAUGGGUUUUAGAGGGCUCUAGUAAUACUUCUUUCUUCCAUAGUACCAUUAAUAUUCGUAGGGGUUCGAAUACUAUUUCAGAGCUUGUUUCUGAAGAUGGCUUGACUAUCAAUGAUCCAGACCAAAUUCGUGAUCAUGGGGUGUCCUAUUAUGAUCAUGCUUUUAUUUCUGAUGAGGAGAGCCAGAUGUUAGAUGCGAUUCCUUCUUUGGAGGAGGUUAAAACUGCGGUUUUUGAUUUAGGAGCGGAUAGUGCUCCAGGGCCGGAUGGUUUUCAGGGUGCUUUUAUAGACACUGUUGGGACCUUAUUCUUCAGGAUUUAUUCAAGGCUAUUACUUUUUGCUGGACUACUAAAUCAAUUCCUAAUGGGGCUAAUUCUAGUCUCAUGUUUUGCUUGCAAAGGUAAGAGGUGUUGAUAGCUUAAGAAAAUUUAGACCUAUUGGUCUAAGUAAUUUUUUCUUUAAGAUUUUCACAAAAAUCCUGGCAGCAAGACUUGGUAAGGUCUUGGGUAGUUUGGUUUCUGAGGAGAAGGUGGCUUUUAUGAAAGGAAGGAAUAUUCAUGAAAACAUCAGUUUGGCAUCGGAGAUGGUUAAUGAGUUGCAUAUAAAACGCAAGGAUGGUAAUUUGGGUCUUAAGUUUGAUAUUUAUCAAGCAUUUGAUACAGUGAGCUGGUCUUUCGUUUUGGAGGUGUUUAGAAGGUAUGGUUUUUCAGAAGAUUGGUGUUCUUGGAUCCAUAAUAUUCUGAAAUCUGCUCGUAUUUCAAUUAUUCUAAAUGGUAGCCCGGAGGGUUUUUUCAAGAUCACUAGGGGUUUGCGUCAAGAAGAUCCUUUAUCUCCUCUUAUUUUUGUUUUGAUAGAGGAUGUUCUCAGUAGAAACAUCAUCAAACUCUUUCAAACAAAGACAUGACUCAUAUGGUAAGGCGUAAUGGCAUUGCUCCGACUCAUUUAUUCUUUGCUGAUGAUGGUUAAUGAGUUGCAUAUAAAACGCAAGGAUGGUAAUUUGGGUCUUAAGUUUGAUAUUUAUCAAGCAUUUGAUACAGUGAGCUGGUCUUUCGUUUUGGAGGUGUUUAGAAGGUAUGGUUUUUCAGAAGAUUGGUGUUCUUGGAUCCACAAUAUUCUGAAAUCUGCUCGUAUUUCAAUUCUUCUAAAUGGUAGCCCGGAGGGUUUUUUCAAGAUCACUAGGGGUUUGCGUCAAGGAGAUCCUCUAUCUCCUCUUAUUUUUGUUUUGAUAGAGGAUGUUCUAAGUAGAAACAUCAUCAAACUCUUUCAAACAAAGACAUGACUCAUAUGAGUGUGAAAAUUUUGGUAAAGCUUCUUGAAGUUUAUCAAUGUGCUUCUGGUCAGCGAGUUUGUAGAGAGAAGAGCAAGAUUUACUAUGGUGGGGGGUCUUUAAGUAGGCGCCAAGCCGUUACUGAUUUCUUGGGCAUGGGCAUCACUUAUUUUCAGGAUCGAUAUUUGGGGGUUAAGGUAAUGCCAGGGGCGGUGAAGUAUAGGCACAUCAGCAACGUUGUGGACAAUCUUAAGGAGCAACUUUCAGUCAUGAAAGGUAAGAUGCUAUCUUUUCAAGAUAGGGUGGUGCUAAUUAAAUCAGUCUUCUCUAGCUACUCUAUUCACAAUAUGGCGGUGUAUAAGUGGCCACUGAAGUUUAUUCAACAAUGUGAACGUGUGAUUCGCAAUUUUCUUUGGUCGGGAGAUUCGAAUCUUUCAAGAGCUUUUGUGGUGGGUUAUGACAAAAUUUGUAGUCCGGUGAAAGAGGGAGGCAUUGGGUUUGCAGUCUGAAAACUAUGAACCAAGCUUUGCUUAUGAAGCUCUGGUGGAGCAUAAAAUCUUCAGGUAAAAAAUAGGCUUGUUUCUUAGAGUCAAAAUUUACUUGCAGGGAUGGACGUAUCAAGGUUGUUGGGGUUAAAUCGUCGACGCUGCCUGGAAUUCGAUGGGUACAUAAUGAUGUGGUUCGCAAUACUAAAUGCAUAAUUGGAGACGGAAGGAACACUUUUCUGUUCUUUGAUGUUUGGUAUGGAGUUACUACCUUGGCUGAGGUAUUAGGUCGUACUAACCUAGAUAGAGGGGCUCGUGUAAGUGAUAUUAUUCAGCAUGGAGAAUGACUGUUACAAGGGGUUCAUCUGCAAGACUUGACUACAACUGGUGUCGUUUUGGAGGAGCUUCCGAGGAUUCAAGGUGGCCUGGACAGGAAGAUUUGGAUGCCUGACUUAAGGGGAAAAUUCUCAGUCAAAUCGGCUAGGGAAUUGAUUAGGAGCAAAUACCCAAUUAUGGAGGAAGCAAACCUGUUAUGGAGGAGUGUGGUUCACCCAUCGCUUGCAGCUAAAAACUGGAAAUUUGUCCGUGGUGCGUGUGCAACACUAGACAAGGUUCGUAGCAGGUUCAAGAUUUCCUUAGCAUCUAAGUGUUGCGUCUGUCAAAAUGAUGAAGAGUCUCUCGAACAUACUCUGUGGCAUUGUAGAUUUGCGAAACAAGCUUGGAGUUGGAUUUCAGGUAUUUUCAAACUUACACCGCAUUAUAACUUGAUAGCUUCUAACAAGGCAGCGAAAGGAUGUAGUAGAAUGGUUAAAGAUCUGUGGUUAGUAUCCAAUUUGGUGCUGCGUUCAGAAUUGUGGUAUCAACGGAACAAGAUGGUGUAUGAAAAGAAGAAGCCUUGCUGGAACUUUUUCAGAAAACGAGUGUUUAAUCUCAUUCAUGAAUACUCGGCUAGAAUGAAGAGCUGUAUGUUCAACAAUAUGGAAGACCUGGAGAUUCUGAAUUUUUUCAGAGUUAAAUGACGUAGGGUGAAGGUUAUGGAACAUGUUGAGUGUUUCUGGCAUGCGCCAAUGCAAAAUCAGCUCUUACUGUGCUGCGACGGUGCCUCUAGAGGCAAUCCAGGGGUGUCGGGAGCAGGUGUUGUGGCUAGAAAUGCUGAUUGUGAAGUAGUGGGGGCGAUGUGUGUUGGUCUUGGAAUUAUUUCCAAUUACAUGGCUGAAUUGUAUGGAAUUCUUAUUGGGUUGGAAUGGGCAGUUCAAUGGGAUAUGGAAACAUCUUAGUUCGGUCUGAUUCGUUAAGUGUGAUAACAGCCUUGGAGGAGGAUAAUAUCCCUUGGUUUGCUCAACAGAGAUGGUCCGAUGCAAAAGGCAUGUUUGAUUCUAUUAAUUUUGUGCACACGUACCGUGAGGCCAACUUUGCAGCUGAUAAGAUGGCGAAGACUGGAUGUUUAUUGAGCUAUGGUGUGAGGCUAAAUUUUGUUGGCUGUCCUGUUUUAUAAAUUCAAUUGAAUUUCCGAAUGUAUCUUAUUUUUGAUUUAAAUAGUUUUUUGAAUUUUUGGGUUGCUGGGAUC